CAUCCCUUUGUGCAGCGUAUUCGAUCCGAUGGAGCGCGGCUGGCCAUGCUGCUUUUCCGCGGGCAGAUCAGGUUCGCAGCCAAUUUCUGCCCUCUCUUGGAGCAAGACAUCAUCAAGAUGCGGCAGAGCAUCGAGCAACGCAAACAAACUUACAAGGAAGGUCGCAAGCGCUUUAUGCGGGGCGGCAACUUCUCCACUUCGAAGGAGGAGAGCCAAUGGGCGGUGAGGCACUUUGGCGAGGAGCGCGAGCGAAUGAGGACGGAGGAGAAGAAGAUCAAACUGCUGGAGGAUCGCUUGGAGCACCUCCUCCAGCGCUUCCGGCGCCACUGCCGCCGUUGAAACGCCCCAAACGGAAGCGCGACCGGCGGCUUCUCAGCGGAUCGGUGCGGAUCGGACGAGAUUUGGGGCUUAGGGCCCCACGCGGUGCAGGCGAGGUGCC